AUGGCCCUUCCCUCCACUGUUUUAGCCCCUGUGACCAAAGGAGAGAUAUGUACGACUAGGUUGACGCCAGCUCAAGUCAAUCUAUUUCGAUAUGCUGUAGUGAAUAGCUACUACUACCAGAUCUAUAUCGAUGAUUUGCCUAUGUGGGAUUUUGUGGGUGAAGCCAGUAAAACUACGCCAGGAGAGCUCUCUCUCUACACACACAAGGACAUUGAAAUCUUUUACAAUGAGGACAGAAUCAUCGAAGUCUCGUUAAAGAGCAGCGAACUAGUCAGAUUAUUCCACGAUUACAACGUUGGAGAACUGGAAGUUUCGUUUACAUACUCGGUGACGUGGACACCAACUACGAAACUUUUCGAGAACCGUUUCAACAAGUAUCUGGAUUCUACAUUCUUCGAACACAAGAUACAUUGGUUCUCAAUAACAAACUCUUUCAUCAUGGUGAUAUUCUUAACGGGAAUGGUUGCAGUCAUUCUACUUCGCAGCCUGAGGAGAGACUACGCGAGAUACGACAAGGAAGACAUUGGAAUGGAUCUAGACCGUGAUAUUGGCGACGAUUACGGAUGGAAGCAAGUCCACGGCGAUGUAUUUCGUCCACCUCCUAAUCUCGCUGCAUUCUCGGCGUUCGUUGGGACUGGUUGUCAGCUGAUUUGUAUGACAUUGUUGGUUAUUGUUUACACCAUUGUCGGAGACCUUUACGCAGAACGAGCUACUAUGCUUACGGCUAGUAUCUUUAUUUAUGCUUUGACAUCUAUGAUCAGUGGUUACUACGCCGGAAGUUUCUAUGCUCAAUACGGAGGCAAGAACUGGAUUGGAACCAUGUUGUUUACUUCCAUGUUGUGGCCUGGAGCUGUUAGUGCUACAGCUUUAGCAGUGAAUCUUGUUGCAUGGCCAUAUGGAUCGUCCAAAGCUAUACCGUUUAUGACCAUGGAUCCAUCAUCGGUCGCAAUUGGGCUGAUACCUCGCCCUAUACCAGACAAGGCAUGGUAUGCUGAACCGAGUGUCAUCAUUGCACUAGCAGGGUUGCUACCAUUUGGCUCGAUCUUUAUCGAAAUGUAUUAUGUCUUCUCUUCGUUCUUUGCAUACAAGAUCUAUUAUGUGUAUAGUUUCGUACUGGCACUGGAUUUCAUUCAUCGCAUCAGGUAG